AUGAAUUUUUGUUCCACCGAUACGAUUGGCCCUAAUGAUCCUGAUAUAGAUGAUGAUUUCAAACCCACAAAUAAGCUUGACAAUUCUCAACGUACCCUAAAAGAUAUUGUUAAGCUGGAUGCGAAGGACAACUAUGUUAUCAUUUACAGGAAUCCAGAACAACACUAUUGUGUAUUCAGCUCAUUAGCAGUUGGAGUGUUGAGUGAAUAUCGCGAUCCUUUACACUGUACAAACAUUUUGGAAGAUCUUGAACUUAAGAGUGUUGUAAAAUAUUUCAGCUUAUGGAUACCAAAGCACACUAUUAUAUAUCAUCUACAAGUAUAUCAAUGUAAUUAUGAGGACAAAGGAGUGGAAUCUGUAGAUCUUAUCUCAUGUUUUUGA